UCAGCUUUACGUGGAUGUGUACAGGGUCCACCCACUGGUAGUGUGUGGUUGGUACACCCCUGGCGGCAUCUUACAGUGUCGACUGUCACAUUACAAGGCUUUACCUCUAACAUGGUUAUGGUGGGGGAAAUUUGUGUGAAUCUUCCCGGCCACAAUUGGUAUAUAGCACUACCCAGACAUUGAUGAAAGGUCAAUAACCGGUCUAGGGACCAGACUAACUAAAGACGAAAAAAAAUACACCAUAUAUACAUAUAUGGGCAGACCGUUACUGAUAAACUGUCUAUCUAGGUUCAUAUACAGAUACAUUUCUCUUGUCUGAAUAUGAAGGCAGUGUUGUCAUUGUUAUAAACUGACAUCGUAUAUUACGAAAUUUGAAAUCCGCAAUCAACAUAUGUUGGAGGUAUAGGAGAUUUGUUUGGAAUUAAGAACUAUAGCACCUGGUCACGGACAUUGUUUGCAGCGAGCCAUGUUUUCAUUCUAUAACACCACUGGAUACAACUCCUACCGGGACUCGUUUCACUUAACGGAGCGUGAAAUUGCUAUUUUUAAACGCCUCAAAGGGUUUUCUGCAGGCCCGUACAACUGUAAUGAGCCGGCGAUUGACAUGAGGACACACAAUGGCCGCCGUAGCAGCCCGACCAACUCAACCAGCUCUUCACAUAUUAAGGAGGAACACAUCUCAGAUUCGGAGGACAAGAACUCAAUAGACGGGGACAGGCUCAUCUCCAAUGCUGUCGGUUUACAAAUAAAGUGGACAGCUGAGGGUCUUAAAAUGAUUGACGUACGACAGAGUCCGGACACGGUGGAAAGGAGUUUGGGUAGUGAGCCCUCACUCCCUAGCCCCCACAGCAGCGAAGGUGACCCCCACACAACCGUCUCCACAACAACAGCCACCAAGUCUCCACCCCGACCACACCUUGAGCAUCACCACCAUCACCACCAACACCCUUCGUUAGAUACUUCGUCACUCUUAGCCAUGUCUAGUCAUCAGGAGCCAACGUCUUCAGUCUGUCUUUCAGCAAUGUGCGUGCCGAAGCCAAGCUCCACAGCGCCUACCACUAACCUGAAAUGUCUGGUUUGCGGGGACCGAUCGUCUGGGAUACACUAUGGGGUGCUGGCCUGUGAGGGAUGCAAGGGAUUCUUCCGUCGAGCCCUCCAGGAUAUUGGUGACCCAGCAAGGAAGAGGUGCUACUACAACAAAAACUGUGAGAUUACCGUGCUCACUCGCAACAGAUGUCAGUACUGUCGUCUCCAGAAAUGUCUGGCACUCGGAAUGUCAAGAUCAGCUGCAAAACUUGGUCGACGUUCUCGGAAGAUGCGAGAAAUGAUUCGUAGUAUGGAGGAUACACAAACAGAGCAGGCCCUGCACGGCCUUCUCAGUCUCAACUCGGACAUAGAGCGACAGAUUGCUGCAUCCACUGAGGCUGCAGUGGCUGCAUCCAUGAACAAUGGCAUCAAUCAGACCGGACCAAGUCAGACGUCGAUGGCUGCCCUGUCGAUGCUUCUAAAACAGCGUGCCCAAACUGGCUUCCUGAUGGACCGUGAUAGAGGAUCCAUAGAGACCAACUGCUCCACGGAAGACAGUAGUGAAAGUCUGCCACUGAUCAAACAAGAACACCAUGAUUCCAUCGACAACCGGAAAGAGAUCCAUGACAGGUGUCAGUCUCUGUCACCAGAAGCAGAGUCUGUCCACGUUCAUCCCGCCCACACUGGGAUGACGGACUCGGCGACGCGAUCGUCAAUUGUCAACUCACUUCUCACACUCCCACAACACAUAGCGUUCCGCUUCCCCCACCCCCACCUGUUGAUGCCCGGGGCCAUAGACCCCGGCAAGCCAUACGAAAAUAAUGUCCCACCUUUUGAGUCUUCGGCCUCCGUCAGCCAGCCUAUUGACGCAACGAUGAACGGCCUUUCUGCACACAGCCACUCACCACUUAGUCAACAGUCAGUCAUCGUACAAAACACCACACUUGAUCUCAGAAAACACAACCGUGGUGAUGAGAAAAUACGAAGUCCCAUCAAGAAACGUCCUUACAAUCCAUCAUACAACACGGACAAGGAAUUAGAGGAUGAGGAAGACUGCUACCGCAAAAUCCAGCGCAGAGAUUCAAUGUCCAGUGAUGUGGGCUCCCCCGAUCCCUACCCAUCAAAAAAACUGGUCAUCAAUGAAAUGGCCGACAGACCUUUUCUUCCAUCGUAUAUUCCAAUGCGGGACAAGCAGUCAACAAUGGACCAUACCGCUGUGGUGGCCCCCAUCGUUAAGAAUGUGAGUCGCCACGAGGAUGACAUCAAGCUCACAGUCCCCAUGUUAAUCUACAAAAUCCACGACUCCUUCCUGCAGACCUUCACCUUUAUGAAGUCGAAGUUACAGGAGAUGGAGGAGAAAUUGAUGGAGAUGAGGGAACACAUCGCCCAGGGUCUUAUGAAGAAGGAACCUAACAUACAGGACCUCCAGCGCCUUGAGUUCAUCAUGAGGGGCCCAAAUGGUAAAAUGAUCAAGCCAGGGGAGCUCUGCUGGGAGGGUUUCCAGAGCCUACUGAACAAAACCAUACAGGACACCGUGACCUUCGCCAAGAAGAUCCCCGGCUUUCCUCACCUGGACCAAGACGACCAGAUCAGCCUCAUCAAGGGAGGCUGUUUUGAGGUUGCGUGUGUGGUGUACUCUCAACUGAUAGACUCCGAAACGAACAUGAUGUUUGUUCUGGGUAAAAACAUACUCAUCAAACGGGAGGAGAUGAAGAUGGGAUUCCCGCUGGGCGAGCACUUCGUGGAGCUUCUCUUUAACCUGUGUAUGAGGUUCAACGCCUACACCCUGUGUGACGCGGAGAAGGCUCUGUUUAGUGUGCUGGUCCUCAUCUCACCAGAUCGGCAAGGUUUGAACAAUAGAGAAAAAGUGAGCAAGCUACAGGAGCUGCUGAUACAGGCCCUUCAGGCCCAGAUCACGGCCAGUCACCCCGACGAGGCCGGACUCUUCCCACGGCUACUGAUGAGCAUCUCCAGCUUACGAGAGCUCGGCGUGGAGCACCGGCGCAUGCUAGAGAAUCUGAAGCAUCAAAUGAGCUUUUCACACGACCUUUAUGCAGAGACCUUUGACCUUCUGACCUGAGCUGCACAGACAUCUAUCUUGCCACAUAGAUAUCAAUCUGACUAUUGUACACCACAAAUGUACGGAAAGCUUCCAGAUCAUGUGAUAUUUUUUCUUCAGAAUUAUUUGAGAAAGAAAGUGCUGAUUAAUCCCGAUUCACCCGAGAGCAGAAGACAUCUUAUUUCGCUACGUUUUAUUUUAUGUCUUAUGUAUCCAUAUUAGCAUUUUUAUUUAUUAUUUUUUCCGUUUUUGUUUUUGUUUUUAAGGCUUGUAUGUAUGUUUACAUCUAAUCUUUCAUGCUGCUGGUCAACUCAUAGUUUUCUGAAAAGAAACAAGAAGAGAUUUGUUUUCAUUCCAUUCACGAAUUAAAUAUUAACUAGUUAUUUUUUUUAAGUUAAGUAAAUUAUUGCAUUCCUUCCAUUACAUGCGUCACCAACCCCUCAAAGGGGAAACCAUCUGGAUCCUCGCGUACCCUAAUACCUUACCUGGGGUCCAAGUCAUAGAUUUUAAUAAUGAAAUCAAACUCAUACGGUAUCACAGUUCAUUAACAUAUUAUCAGCUUGAUGUAAUAAGCCUAUCACGCAAGUGUUCUAUUCAAGUUUCAUGCUAAAUGUUGCCAAAAACAUGUGACGUAUACAAAAUACUGUACAUGUAUAUUUUUUGUUGUUUUAGUCAUUAUUGAAUUGAUGCUAGUCUAGUAGGCAGUGUACGGCCCCUUCUGACCAAGGAUUCGAGUCUACUCCACCAGGGCUACCUGAGCUCAGUGUUCCCCACGCGACAGUAUUUACCUGUUUCAAUUAAUUUAACCAAUGUCUUGAAAAUGUCAUACACCAUACAUGUCAUACAUUACUGAAACACACACAAAAUGAUUCCCAUACUUUUGAUUCACUUAUCACUGUAUAUUCUCCGUGUAGUUGACUCACAUUGAUCCUAAGUUGACUAAAAGUUGGUUCACCAUGUUUUUGACCCCCCGUUUAUCAUAGCCUGACUCAUUGAUUUAGCCUUCUCUUGACUUGUUGUGAGCAAAGGCUAAACAGCUGUUCAAGUGUUCCUUUGAAAUGAAAAGAAAUUCAAAGUUCUAAUUUAUUUAAAAAAAAUAUUUCCUUCAAGAGUUCAGCAUAUACAUAGUACUAGAUCAUCAAGCCCUUUUGAAGUUGUCAUACCCCCUGUAGGAAUAGUGUGGUACCAUCUGACCAGACACUGGUGCUGCCCCCUGUAGGAAUAGUGUGGUACUAUCUGACCAGAUACUGGUGCUGCCCCCUGUAGAUAUAGUGUGGUACUAUCUGACCAGACACUGGUGCUGCCCCCUGUAGAAAUAGUGUGGUACCAUCUGACCAGACACUGGUGCUGCCCCCUGUAGGAAUAGUGAGGUACCAUCUGACCAGACACUGGUGCUGCCCCCUGUAGGAAAAGUGAGGUACCAUCUGACCAGACACUUGUGAUAGGAAAAGUGUGGUUAUUUGAAUAGAAAUUGGGUUUGGCCUUUGUAGAAAUAGACCAUUAGUUGGGUAAUCUGAGCAGAGACAAGGCCAGUGGCAAUGAUGUAAGGGAAAUAACUUGAGAAUCAUAAUAGUCACCCAAAGUCAAAUGUUUUAUAUAGAUUAUCAUCUUAAGAUGUAAAACUAUAUUUUUUUGCACAUUUCAUUUUCUAUUUUCUAUUGCGCUUUAACCUGGUAAUGAUUUUUUGCAUUGUGCAUGUCCUCCUCAUCACCAUCUCUAAUAAUAUGCAAUUGCUGACCAUUGCUAUGCAUACAGACUGUAAGGUAUCUCGUUGUAACCUCCACAUGCUGGAUAAGUUCUGUCAGUGUCUUCAGACAGCAUGCGAUUUGCCAAUAGUUCUGAUGACUUUAACUCAUUCACCCCUGGAUACUCAUUUGAACUCUUCCAAUUAAAAGGUUGGAAUAGUUUAUUACGAAUUUUCAGGGGUGAAUGAGUUAAAUCCCCCCUUCCUGUCCUUGAUAUGCAGUAGUUUCUUCUACAAAUGAAGUUGUGAUUAAUUUCUAAAUGUUACAUAGGUAUAUAACUUGUUUUUUUGUAAAUCUCAAGCUUUCAUCUAGCUUGUUGUAAGAUACAUAUCAUAUUUUUUUACUCACAAAGUGUGAAAUGAAAGAGUAAUAUUUAUUGUAUUAAUAUUGAAUGUAGAGGUUUCUCUUUUUCAGAAAGUUACAUUAUUCUGUGAAUGGAGAUAAAUUCUUCAUGUAUUCUUGGUGAAGUAAACUUUAAAUAUUUCAUUAUCUGAUUGGUCAAGGUCAAGGUCAAAUGGACAUUUUAGAGUCAUCUUUUGUAUUUUUCGAGUUUUCAAAAGUGAUUGUCACUUUUUUCACUGACUCAAUUUUUUGCACAAGAUUUAACUUGUCAGCUGAUUUUCCAUCCUGGAAUAUUUUGUCUUUGUAGUAAACACAAUAUCAUUUCUUAAUGGAGAAAGAGGGAGGGAUGAAUUAUCUGCAUAUUAGAGAUAUCUCUCUCCCUCUCUCUGUCUAUUUCUCUCUAUGAAAAAAUGAAGAAGGAUGGUUGUCAGUCAGGUGGGCGAAGAAACAUAGACAAACAAUAUUAUUUAUUAUGUAGGAAACUUAUUCAUGUUUUGAGAUUACUUUUUGAACUCUACAACGGUGUAAGACAAGCGAGUAUUGGUGAGUUAAGUUUUGUGGUGCCUUUAUACAAAUAAAUCUUACUUAUGAUUAAAAUUUUACACGUAUUCCACUCCAUGGCCCUGUUAUAUAAUAAUACCUUAAAGUUGAAAUGUAAAUAAAAAAAACACCACAAAAUUCAUUUUACAAUAUCAAUUAUCAUAUUUAAUAUUUUUGUUUGAUAUAUAUAUGAAAUACAAUCUCACUUCUUCUUAACUGAUUCUCUUUCUGUUUUAACGUUUUAGAUAUGUGAUUUUCUUGCGUGAUUAUUUCAAAAACUUAGACCUUGCUAUAUGACUUGUGUUUUGUUUUUUCUUUGUAAAAAAGCUGUCUUCUGCCUCGGUGAAACUCUUGGUGCUGGUAAUGAUUAUUAUGAUAAUAUAAUUGUAAUGGAAACUACUUGGUAUAAUUACAACUGUAUGCAUCACUCUUUGUAUGCUAUAAAUGUAUGUUUGGGGGGUAAAUCAGCUUUUUAUGUUUACAAUGUAUGUAAAUUUGUUCAUUUUUUAUUUAUUAUUACAAAGUCCAUGUACUGGGGCAACCCCGCAAGUCCAUUUGUCUAUAAAAAAAAUAUUUAAGUAAGUACAAAUUGUAGUUAGCUUUUUUGCAUUUUUGAGCAACCAUUAUUUAUUCAUCUAUUCAAUUCCAUAAUUUGUAUUUUUAUACAUUUUGUUUAUUUGUACAGACUGCGGAGUGUUUGUUGAUGAGUGGUAUAAAGUAUAGAGAUUAUUAUUUGGAGACUAUACAGCUGAUAGUUUAAGUGAAGCGUUACUCUUGUGUUUGUCUGUUGGAAGGAUCAGUGGGAUUAGUAACAUAUCAAAUGUUUUACGUAACAAGAUUGGUCUCAUAGUGUACAUGUAGAUUCUUCAUACUUCUCUGGUUUCUGUAACUUGACUCGACUGCCGUAUUUUACCCGGGAUAAAACCGGAAAUGUUUAGUUCAUAACCUUGCAAUUGGUUAAGACAACUGAACUGAAUCGCCAAAACCUAACUGAGGAUUAUUGCAGUAAUACACCUUCCCCAACCCUGGUUUCCGUGUUUUGUUUAGGGGUAUCAGUCAUUCAUAGUAUUUAAUUAUAAUCCCCUAUAAUGACAUUAGGGGAAUAUACUGGAAUCAGCUUGUUCGUCUGUCUAUUUGUCCAUCUGUCUGACCUUUGGUCUGUCUAUGGUUAAAAGUUUGUCCGAUCAACGCCUCCUAAACCAAUUAGACAAUUUCAACAAAACUUUAUAUGUAUGAUCAAUACAUUAUACAGUUGCACACCUGACUUUUUCGUUUUUUAUUUUGACAUUUUCCCCAAAAGUUGUUAGCCUUCUUGUACCUUUCAUGUCUUGUCUAGACAAAUUUCCACAAAAUAGGUGACCAAUUACAAUGAAAGUUUCUGUGAGUGAUAUAUAGGGAAUAUCCUUGACAUCAAAUGACCAAAUUAUAAUUUUUGGGAUUCAAGAUGGCCACCAUAGGCUUUGAUUGGCCGAGACAAUGCUCUUUAUAACUCGGGCUCUGAAGGUUCGACUUUGUUGAUCCUUUUUGGGAGUGAUGCAUAGCUUCAAGUUCCACUAAAAAUUCAAUCAAAUUAUCAAAAAUUAUCAACUUUAUUGUAACCUGAGUAUCAGGUUUGUCAAAUGAUUUUUGACAGAUUUUUUCAAAUCUUUAAUGAUCGAGCGGAGGUUAAUAGCCUGAAGCUUACAGUUCUAGUUAAUAGUUUGCAUAGAAGUAAUAGUGAGGAACCCUAACCAUGGAUAGAAAUGAUUUCCUCGUGGAACAUUUGGCCGAUUAAUAAAUACACAACAGAUUGUUUCAAUUUCCUUGUCACAUACCACACUUCAUAUCAAUGUCCUGGUUCUCUGCCUCAUCUCAUGUCAUGAUCCCUUAGUUGCUGAAGUCAAAGGUCACGGUGAUUAAUUGUGACCAAGGUCACAGAGGUCAAAUGUUUUAGUCCUGCACAAUGCCUGCCCCUAACCAAAACAUAUUCAUAUCAACCGAUCGACCUUCAUCAUGAACGUAUAGAUAUUAAAAAGUAGAACAAAGAAGUUAUCACUGGUAAAAUACAACAAUAUCAGCAGGCCCCACGAUCAUGAAACGUUUGGACUUGACUGAUCACAGAUAACAUCAUAAAAAGUGACAUCAUAUAUGAUUGGCUAAGCAAAACUUCAGUCUAAGAUUGUUUCACAAUCCUGGGGCCAGGACAGCUAAUAUUCUUUAUUUAGUAAAAUUAUCGAAUGUGUAUGAGGAAAAGUUUUUUCUUAUAGGAUUCAUAUAACAUAUUUAAAAUCACUCCACAAGACAGAAAAAAAAACAGAUUUCUCACAUGGACAAGCCGCAUAUAAUCAGAGAACCAGAAAAAGAAAAUUGGCUAUCAAGGAUUUUGCAUUUGAGUAUUGACCUGGUGUACACGGGUGUGUUAACUGAAGCUAUAGAGAGAAAAUGUAAAAUUUCAGUGAUCUUAUGACAGCUGGUCGGCCAUGACCAAAACAAGUAGCGACCACGCUUCCAAUCCACAAACCAUAUCAUGUGGAUUACUUUAAAGGAGUCAUAAUCGACCUUUUUCACUUCACAUGUGGAUUUUUUUUGUUUUUAAUUACUCUUAAGUGACAGCUUCAUGUUUUGUAAAACACUUGUUGAUUAUAAUUGUACGUACGGUGACACUCUUUCAGUACCUAUUUGUUAUCAUAAUUUCGAAGAAUGAAAAAAAACCCAGAAAGUUGUUGAAACUCGGAAAUUUAAAUAUUUAUGCUUUUAACGAAUUUUGUUUUCAUUCUGCAUGUGUUUCAGCUUAGAAAUGAACAUGUAGCUGAAGAAUCAAUUGCAGUUUAUUUAUUUCGUUAUUAAGGAGUUGAAACUUGUUCCUUCUCUGUCUUUAAACAGUAUUUUGUGUCAUGAAUCUGAAUGAGUUGCAUGUCAUGGUACAUUCCUGUUAGGUUCCAUCAUUUGGACAAACACAUGGUUUACAUUCUAGACAAAAAUUCAAUGAAAACCUUACAUUUCGAACGUUAUGUUCAACCAACUGUAGCUUGCUUCCUGUUGAUUUACACAUAUUUAUUAUGGAAUGAAUGAAUGUGUAUGAGUUUAUUUUGUUGCAAUCUGUUUAAAAUCAUACCCAUUUCUAGCUUCGUAUACCGAUACAAAAAUAACUGUUAUACCUAUUAAGUAAAUGUUGUCAAUUUCUGAAAACAUUUCAUGUUCGUAAUUGUUUUUUUUAAAACCCUGAUUUAAAUCAACAGCAUGUUAACCCUUUCAACACUGUAAAGCAUAAAGGACUCACCCAGAUCAAUUCAUGGUAGAGUUCAUAAAAGUUACAUAGGGGUGAAAGGGUAAAUGUGUCACUACAGAGCUUGUACUGCAGCACGUUGGCGUUAGAGGCUGGGACAGGGUGUGAUUUUACGCAGAUUGCGUAGAUCCUAAGCAUAUCUUUAGGUUUGUUAUCUAUGUUCAUUUUGGGCAAGCACGCCAACAUCAUCCCAGCGUUAAACAACAUUGUACAUACAUCAGUAGGUAAGAUACAUGUACUAAUUUAUUUAUAUACAUUCGAGGAGAAAGAGACGUGUUUUAUUUUGGCUAAUCUUUAUUUUUUGAUGUGCAAUAGCUUCUACUAUUUAAGAAAACCUUGCAUAUUUGUCAUUUGAAAAUAAUAUCAUUAAGCAUAUUAAAUAUUGCUUACUCAUUUCCCUCUUGCGUACAACUUUUAAAUGCCUAUAUAAUAGACCUGCCUAAUCUGACUCCUGAGUAUUCCAACAUCCUGGCUAAUCCAAUAUAAUGCUGUAAUCCCAUUUCUAAUGGAAAGUAUGAGAUAAUACCUAUAUUCUGACAUUCUGUCUAAUCUGACCAAUGUGUUGUUUACGCCACGGGGUGAUAGAUUACAAAGGUUUCAUUGUACAAAAACCCUGAUUUGAUGCAAGAAAGCACCUGAUGUGAUUGUGCUUGUAUCUGAGUGAACCACAGCUUAGCAUGACCAUUGAGCUUCACAAAGAUGGAUAUCUAUGUAUCAAAAAAUUAUCUCAAUUUUUAAUCUCAAUUUAAGUGUUUUGUAUGAAUAUCAAAGUUCUUACUAUAAAAUUCAAAAAGUAUACCGGUUACCCUUCCAGUUAUUUAACAGAUAGAAAAAAGUAUUAAAAAAAACCCAUCCCAUUCGACUUUAUAUCACAAUGAAGAAUGACAUGUAGUAUAAAGGGAAAUGAGAUUUUCAGCAAUGUUAAUUAUUUUAUUUUAUUUCUUUAAUUUUCCUUGUCAAAAAACCUGGAAAUCAUGCUUUAAUAGAUUAAUUUAUCAGCAUUAGCAUAUAACAGCAUCUAAUUUGUUCUGAAAAUGCAAAUAUAUUCUAAUUUCUUAGCCCCCCCCGCAUCCCCCCUUUUUUUUGUUAGUAUUGAUAGACCACUAUGUUAAAAUAUACCGGGCUAUAUUAGUCACUGGUGCUAAGAAAUGAGAAUUAGAAUUAUGACUUUGCAUGCUAGAUUGAAGUCAUCAACAUAGGUAUUAAUCAUUGUAAAUAUUUACCUUUCAAAAUCGUUUUCAUUUGUAUGUGGUACACGGUUUUAUGAAAUCACUGGUUCUUGUAAUGAUAUGAUUUAUUUAUUACAAAGCAUAUGCUUUCAAUAGCAAGCCUAUAACCCAAUGUGCUAUAAAUACCUGCAAUUUUAGCUCAUAAACAAUAUUAACAGUUUUAUUUUUUUUAUUUUAGAUAUUGUGUGCACAUUUAAAUUAUAUGUUAAAAGCAGAGACAUAGAAGUAAAAGUUCAGAUGUGUGAAAAUGUCAACAGGCCCUUUAUGCAUUUUGUUCUGACACAUGAUUGAUGGCUAAGGACAACGGAGCACAUAAUGUUAUUAUAUUUCUUAAGAAAAUACCUUAAAAGUAUGAUAAAAAUAUAAACAAAACUGGUACAGUUACAGAUACUGCUUCAACAAGUUUGACUCUACACAAAAAUGUCAUUGUACACGACCAUUACAUUACUUUGAUUAUAGGUAUUGGAGAAUCUAACGGCCUAUGUGCUAAACGAUACAUUGAUUCUAUGGAUAUCCGAAUACGAAACGAUCCAUGUGCAUCACGAUACCUUCAUUCUACAGAAAUCGAAGUUUGUGAAAGUUCAUGAGCAUUACAAUACUUUUAUCUUAAGUUGUUUUCUUUAUCAGGAUAGUAACUUUCCAAAGAAAACAACUUACUGACUGAAAAUAUUUCUGUUCAAUGAUAUCGAAGCUUGUUAUGAGUAGGUUUUUACUUUGCUUAUUAGAGACUGCCAGCCUUAUGACGACAAGUUUUAGAUUGAAGAUGUUAACAGUACAGGAAUUAGCUGGACAGCAAUAUUAAGGACAAAGGUGAAAGUCUAUAUUUUAACGGUAUAUACAUAUACAAAUGCAUUGCUCCAUUUUGCACACCGUGAAAAAAAUUAAUUCAGGCCUGAAAAUAUUUCAGGAUGAAAAAUGUGACUGGCAGAGUUACAAAUUUUCAAAAUUUUAUAUAAAAUUAAUAAUUCUUCACUGUAUUUCUGAACAUUUGAAUUUUUUUUGUUGUCUUGGAGAGUUAAUCACAAAUUCAAACACAUAUACAUUACAAAAAAAAAAACAUAUUUAAAGAUAUUAUUUUGCCUAUACAAUUCCUUAGAAGGAUUUUUUUGUAGCACAACAGUGUAAAAUUUACAUGAAAAAAGUAAUAACUAAAACUUAAUCAGAAACAAAAUAACUCAUCAAUCUGCUAUAAUAGAAAUUUAAAACUGGAUAUUUCUGUUUGUUUUGUAUUAUUUAAGCGUAAAAAAGGAAAAAUAUCAAUUAUAUAUUUGUGUUUAUGAUCAAGAAGAAGUUUUGAGGAAUGUACAUUGGUAUUAUACCUGUAGCUGGUGCUUUGCGUGUGUACUUGUACUUGGAGAUGCUUUGUGUAACAACAGCUUAUAAUACACUGUGUAUAAUGGUGCUAGUCAUGUGCUCUAAUGUCAACUCUGGUAUUUGGACGGUAUCAGCUAUUGAUGGUACAAAUUUCCGGGGGAAAAAAUAGCAUCAAAACUUCUAUGUGCUUUGACGUAAUCUCUCGCACUUGUUAAUGCAAUAAUCUAGUUACGGUUUAAAUUAUUUUUUGCUUUUAAUCGAUAAACGUAAAAAUGUGGUCUUUGAUAUUAAUUCCUUUUUUUAUCAGUUGGGUUGUUGAUCUUUGCGCAUUCUGAGAGUGAGCAUGAUAUAUCAUUCCUCACUGUGUCGGCCAUGUUGUUUUUGACUCCAUAUGUGCACUUGUGCCUACAUAGAACCCCAACCGACCCCCUCACUUGUGUAGUGUAGAAAUGCACGCCUUCCUGUUGAAGGUCGCUGGGGGUUGUAAGCCCGUCCCUAUUUCUAGCAUUGGUUAUAUAUACUGUAUAUAAAUAUAUGUGUGUGUGUGUAAAAAUAAAGAAACAAAAUUUACAAAAGAAACCCAAUAAGUUUUAAACUAAAAUUGGAAUUAACUGUUCAGUCAGUGUUAAAAGUAAAAUAUUCCGACAUCAAAUCUAUAACAGGAUUUACAUAAUUUCAUUUUUUCAAAUAUUUUGUGUGUGCAUUAGACAACAAAUAUUGUAAUCUAUGAUAAAAUCUUCAAACUUUAGAGAUCAGUGAUUGCUUUAUUUUAGAUCUACACAUCCUAAAGAUCUGAUUGAGCACUCCCCAAACCAGAUAUCAAUGUUCAUUGUAGUUUAAGCUUGAAAUACUGCUGAGGCCCAGAAGCUCUAUGCAAAUAUGUUUUCCUACAUACCAAGCUAACAGCACACUUGUCCGUACAGUUGUUCGCAGAUUGAAUAAAUUAGAAAAAAUGGAAUCUUGCAGUGAUCAAUAGAAAUUAUGAAAGAUCAGACUUAUUCUUAAUCAUAAAAACAUAUUUGGGUGCCUGUGUACACCAAACAUUUGAUACCCCAAAUAAUAUUUCAUAUUUACAGUCAAUCCUGUAUCAAGAUACCAAAAGAAGUUGGUGUUUUGAUACAGAUUAAUUUCAAAGUGAUAACACUACAAUUGGGAAAAUUAAAAAUAGUCUGUUAUCACAUGUGGUCUCUUAAUUCAGUCACCCCUGAAAUUUCAUAAUGAACUAUUCCAACCUUUGAAUUGGAGGAGUUCAAAUGUGUCUUCAGUGGUGAAUGGGUUAUUGGAAAUGGCUGUAUGAGCAUGUUUGACUGUAUAAACUAUAGCUUCAGCUAUACUUUCCCAGCAUGAUUCUAGCCGACCCCGACCGUAAUAUUACAAAUGGUAGCAUGAUUCCAGCCUACACGAUUCUGCCAAGAUGACCUGUUUAUCUGUGGGAUACAGGUAAGGCUUGGACCAUGACUCCACUGCCCUUAGUUUAUACAUUAAUAUGUGAUUGAACCUGAAAACUUGCCUUUUCAGACAUCAUAAACAAUGUUGAACUCAGUGUUUCUGUUUGCACUGGUUUCAUAGAGAUAAUGAUGAUCCACUAUCAAUGAUCUGGUCACCUGGUUUCUGGUUAAUUAUGUCAAACGGGGAGACAUCAAAGCUGUUAAGUCACACCCUAGUAAGAUGUAUUCUGUCUCUCAAUGAAUUAUCUUAUUGAUCACUUUGUGUCUAUUCCAUUUGUCUCGUAGACUUGCCUUUUGGCGAUUACUCGACCAAUAAAUAAUGGAAUUAGUACAAGCCAUACCUUAUUUUAUACACCAGUGUUUUUUUCCCUUUUUACAACUAGAUUCGUUCAUUAGGGAUAAGCCUGG